CGGGGGCGCGCGGGCCCCGGCUGCAGAGAUCCUCGCCCCGCCGCGCCGCGGCCACAGCUGCUGCCCGGAGCGGCCCGGCGCCUGCGGACCGGUGCAGGCGGGGCCCCGCGUGCCCAGCCACAGGAGCCCUGGGAAACCACUGACAGAGGACGGGAAAUAGCCAUCCAUUACACCUGCAUUCUGAAAACAUCGCCCUGGCUGUUGUAUGGACAAGGGAGCCGAGGAGAAAAGCAGUUGAUGGGUUCUCGUCUAGUUCAGAAUGGCUUACCCUGAGGAGCAAGGAGGCUCCCCCUGUGGUUUCAUCCGCCAGAAUUCCGGCAACUCCAUUUCCUUGGACUUCGAGCCCGACACGGAGUACCAGUUCGUGGAGCCGCUAGAAGAGCGAUACAAGUGCGCCUUCUGUCACUCCGUGCUUCACAACCCCCACCAGACCGGCUGCGGGCACCGCUUCUGCCAGCACUGCAUCCUGGCCCUGCGAGAAUUAAGUGCAGUGCCACUCUGCCCUGUGGAUAAGGAGGUUAUCAAGUCGCAGGAGGUGUUUAAAGACAAUUGCUGCAAAAGGGAAGUCCUCAAUUUAUAUGUGUAUUGCAAAAAUGCUCCUGGAUGUAAUGCCAAGAUUAUUCUGGGACGAUUCCAGGACCACCUUCAGCAGUGCUUGUUUCAAGUUGUGCCGUGUUCUAAUGAGAACUGCAGGCAGCCAAUCCUCCGGAAACACCUGAAAGAGCAUUUGAGCGCCUACUGCCAGUUUCGAGAGGAAAGAUGCCUUUAUUGCAAAAAGGAUGUGGUGGUAAUCAAUCUACAGAAUCACGAGGAAAACCUGUGUCCCAAGUACCCAGUAUCUUGUCCCAACAAGUGUCUGCACACUAUUCCCAGAGCUGAGGUGGAUGAGCACCUUGCUGUGUGUCCUGAAGCAGAAAAAGACUGUCCUUUCAAGAACUAUGGCUGUCCUGUGAAGGGCAAACGGGGGACCCUGCAGCAGCACGAGCACUCGGCCUUACAGGACCACCUGCUGCUCGUUUUAGAAAAGAACGUCCACUUAGAAGAACAGAUUUCUGACUUACAUAAGAGCUUAGAACAGAAGGAAAGUAAAAUCCAGCAGCUAGCAGAAACUGUAAAUACAUUUGAAAAGGAGUUCAAGCAGUUUGCACAGCUCUUUGGCAAAAAUGGAAGCUUCCUCUCAAACACCCAGGUUCUUGCCAGUCACAUCGACAAGUCGGCUUGGCUCGAAGCUCAAGUGCGUCAUUUGUUACAAAUGGCAAACCAGCAACAAAAUAAAUUCGAUCUGAGGACUUUGAUGGAAGCGAUUGACACAGUGAAACAGAAAAUUACCCUGCUAGAGAGCAAUGAUCAAAGACUAGUUGUUCUGGAAGGGGAGACACACAAACACGACGCCCACAUCAACAACCAUAAAGCGCAGCUGAACAGAAACGAAGAGCGGUUUAAACUGCUGGAAGGGGCCUGCUAUAAUGGGAAGCUCAUCUGGAAGGUGACCGACUACAGAAUGAAGAAGAGAGAGGCGCUGGACGGGCACACGGUGUCCAUCUUCAGCCAGCCUUUCUACACCAGCCGGUGUGGCUACCGGCUGUGCGCCAGGGCGUACCUGAACGGAGACGGGUCCGGGAAGGGGACGCACCUGUCGCUGUACUUUGUGGUGAUGCGAGGAGAGUUUGACUCACUGUUGCAGUGGCCUUUCAGGCAGAGGGUAACCUUGAUGCUUUUGGACCAGAGUGGCAAAAAGAACCACAUCGUGGAGACCUUCAAGGCUGACCCCAACAGCAGCAGCUUUAAGAGACCGGACGGGGAGAUGAACAUUGCGUCUGGCUGUCCCCGCUUCGUGCCUCACUCCACGCUGGAGAAUGCCAAGAACACCUACAUCAAAGAUGACACCAUGUUCUUGAAAGUGGCUGUGGAUUUAACUGACCUGGAGGAUCUCUAGUCGCUGCUUCUGGGUGAUAAAAGGACUUCCUGGGUCCAGAACCAUGGGGGAAACUUUUGGUUAGCACAGUGACUGAACUUAAACUCGGUGCACACUUGUAAAUAUUCGGGGUUUUGCCCUUAGUGUUUGAAGCCAGUUGAGAACUUCCUAAGUGCUGUCUUCUUUUUACAUUUUACCCUGUUCCCAUUUGAAACAAAACACUUAGGAUAUCCUCUUGUUAUUUAUAUUUCUCUAUCUCUUGAACAAUAGGAAAGUUUCUUGAAAGCAAGGUCUGGGGUAUAGUUCCUCUACCAGGGCGUGGGGCAGGGUUUCAGGGGAGACGCUCUAUGGCACAUGUUAUUGAAAACACAGAUGUGGAAUUCCCAAUUGAAAAUGCUUGGGUAUUUGGUCUGCUGAUUCUAGACGUGACCAUAAGGCUGCAAAAGCCUUCUUUUUGGGGCUGGUUGUUCUGGAUCGGCAGAUGGGUGGUGUACUGACAGAGACAGUGUGUCCAGUUGGAACAGAUGGGUUUUGGUCUGGUGCUGAAUCACCACACCAUCAGAUAUUUUCAUGAAAUUCACCAGGCAUCCACAAGCACAGUGUUGCAAGGCUGCACAGGAACUGGUGGCCAGAGUGAGCACCUUCAUUGUCCCUGCUGAGGUAAAGCCGAAGGAAGCACAAGCAUGUGUAUAAGGAGAUAUGAACAUCCAACUCAAGUUCAGAUUUUAUUAGGUUCAACCACGUGAAAACUAUUUUCAAAGAUCAGAAACAAAUUUAAGAGUUUUAACAAGGUUUGACUUAAUGUAUAUAUGUAUAUAUAAACAGAUAAUUUAAAGGUAUUUUGGUAAUAGUAAUGUAAGGAUGGACAGAAUUUAGUAUAUGAUGGAAAAAAAUGCCAUAAAUGCAUAAAAGGAAUUUAAAACCUAGGGAAGACACCAUUAUAAUUUCCACUGGGUAUCAGAAGUACUCCCAUCCAAAACCGAUUAUUAAAAUUAGUAUUUCCUAUUCUCUUUGAGAGACAUUUUGGAUUCAUAAAUUGGUAUGAAAAUGGGCAUUUAUAUAAACGUGUGACUUUUCUUGUCCAAGCCCCGCGUACUCUGUGAAGAACAGAGAUGACUGUGUUCUUACGCAUCUAUUCGUACUCACACAGAGGGUGUAUAUGCAAGGUGAGAUGAGUCCUGCUGACCCGUGAUAAGCCAGAGGUCAACAAGAAGUACCCAGGUUGCCUGAGCCCUAAUUCCCCGCUGCUCAGCUGAGCAUCUCUCACCCUUUGGCCUGGCUCCCUUGAUCCUGCAGUGACAAGCACCACGAGCUGAGGGCCACUCCGUGCGGCUCACUCAGGUGAUGACCAAGCACCCUACAACUCCUGAACAGUCAACCUGUUAGAAGAGGCAUGAUCUAUACUGGUGGCUUCUGGAAUAACUGAAACUUUCUUAAUGUCUUCUGUGAAAAUUUCAAGAUUCUCCAUUUUCAAGAUGAAGUAAUUGAAACUUUCUUAAUUUUUUCCUGUGAAGUUUUCAAGGUAAUUUCAUAGUGCAGAAAUCAUGCCAAAGGUUUACAUUCAAAGAGGUAAGUUCACAGCAGGAGUAUAGUGAAGAACUACACUGUAGCUGCUAGUGAACCCUGGUACGGUUGAUGGUCAAGCCAUCACGUCAAACUCAGGACGCCUUUCUCUAGACCACACAGGUGGUUUUGUGUGUUUGUCUUCAGUAUCUGUAAUCAAGUCCAAGACCACCCCUGUACUCCUCGGGAGUGGAAGGUCAUGUUGGUGUAACUAGCUUUAAGGAGCGGAUGUGGAAAAUAUUUUCAAGUGAAUUUAUCAAAAUACUGGUUUUGUGUUUCAACCAACUUCUCGACAUAAUAAGCAGAAGUGAUGGCAAAGUUUGCUUACAAGUUCAGAGUCCUUUCAUCACUGAAACCGAGCAGAACAAGGUAUUCUAAAGCAAAAGGCACUCCUUUACUACAAAAGAAGAGGCAAUUUUUGUUUUAAAGGAACAUAUCCAUAUAAACUAUUUUUCCUCUUUUAUAAUAUGAAAUUACUUUUAUUCUACAGGGUCCAGCAGAAGUAAGGUCUGCUUGAGUGUGGUUGGUAGGGUAAUA